AUGGAGAAAAUCAUCUGCGACAUCUACUCUGAUCUCUUCGACAGCCAUGUCUUCUUGAGAGAUCAGCAUCUGAGGGAAGAAGGACAUGUCAUUCCAGAGGUUCUCCCGUCCGAAAUACGACAUGCAUCAUGUCGAACUCAUCGUAUGUAUAAAAAGGGAGAUCCACAUGACAUCGGUAACUAUCGCCCAAUCUGCUUACUGUCCGUCAUCUACAAGCUCUUUACAAGGGUGAUCCUUAAUAGGAUUGAAAAAGCCUUGGAUGAAGGACAGCCAUGCGAGCAAGCAGGGUUUCGAAAAGGAUUCAGCACGAUUGACCACCUUCACACUGUUUCGAAACUCAUCGAGGUAUCACGAGAGUACAAGAUGCCGCUCUCACCUUCAUCGAAUUGA